ACAGGUACUAUAGUGUGGCUAAAUCCAACCAGAUUGGUCACGUGUGUUGACAAUACAAUCGGUAGGUAUUUGACUAUUUUGAAACAAACUAUAGAUCCAAGGCGCUCGCGAUGGUGUGCAUGUGACGUCACUGAUCUAAGUAAUGGUGAAAUGUGCUCUUCGAGAUCUGGGAUAUACCCUAUUGAUAAAUUGAGUUGAUUCAACAGUUUCAACUCGUACGCUGUGGUAAGAUAUUUAUGGUAACGUGAGACGACAGAAACAAAAUGGCAGAACUGAAGUCCUACAAACCAAAGGAAGUCAAUGAAAAUCAAAAUGGAGUUGUAUCAGGUAAAUCAACUCCAACAAAUAUCAGUGAGGUGGAUGUUAAUGAGAAGACAGGUGAGAAUGGCUUAACACCUGUCGAACAAAUAACCACCGCACAUACCCUUCCAGCAUCCGAAAUGAAGAAUGGGAAAGUUGCGGAGGGUGCGCGCAAGGAGAGUGGAGACAGCAGUAAGCUGAUCGAUGGGAAAGAAGAAAACCCUGAUGCCGGUAAACAAGUCGGAGUCUUCGAAGUUUUUAGGUUUGCUGACUGCAUGGAUCGGAUAUUCAUGAUCUUGGGGUCACUGUCGGCUGCUAUACACGGAGUAGCACUUCCAGGCAUGAUCAUAAUCUUCGGCGAGAUGAUCGACAUCUUUGUAAACAACGCCCAGAUAACCGGCAAGGUGGAUUUGAUAAAAGACUUCCUCGACUCUGUGAACCUCACAACAGCCAUUGUGAUAGAGGACCCUACAAUAUUACUGAGUAAAUGUACGGAGUUGGCAGCUUUCUAUGGCAACAACCUGACCUGUACCUCCCUCCAGGGUGAUUUAAGUUCAGUGUUCAUGGACAAGAUGGAGGAAUUUUCUCUCUACUAUGUCUAUAUUGCUCUGGGGGUCAUCGUGUUGGGCUACGGCCAAGUUGCGUUCUGGAUGACUGCUGCCGAAAGACAGUCACAUCGGAUUAGGCUGGCGUUCAUCAAGAACAUCCUCCGCCAAGACAUCAGCUGGUAUGAUGUGAAUGAAGUCGGAGAGCUGAACACCAGAUUGUCAGAUGACAUCAACAAGAUCCAUGAUGGCAUUGGAGACAAGAUGGGUAACUUCCUGCAGUGGUUGGCAUGCUGUCUCGCAGGGUUCAUUAUUGGGUUCUACUAUGGCUGGAAACUCACUCUGGUGAUCCUUGCGAUCAGUCCCGCCUUGGUCGUCUCUGCCGGACUGAUGAGCAGGCUGAUGGCUUCCAUGACCAGCAAGGAGUUAGCAGCGUAUGCCAAAGCUGGAGCUAUAGCAGAGGAGGUCCUUGGUGCCAUCAGAACUGUCGUCGCAUUCGGUGGACAGGAGAAAGAAUGUAACCGGUAUUCAUCUAAUCUACAAGAUGCCAAAGCGUUUGGGAUUCGGAAGGGCUACACCAACGGGCUGUCGCUGGGUUUGGUAUGGCUGGUGAUGUUUUCAGCUUACGCUCUCGGGUUCUGGUACGGCACCAAGCUGGUGAGGGAAGAGCCGGAGAACUACCAGGCUGGAAAGAUGAUCAUUGUGUUUUUCUCUGUGUUGAUUGGUGCCUUCUCCCUGGGAAAUGCAGCUCCAAGUCUACAAGCUCUAGCCACAGCACGAGGAGCGGCAUACACAAUCUACAAACUCAUUGAUCUGGAACCAACCAUAGACAGCAGCUCCCCUGCAGGGAAGAAACCACAGUCAUUGAGUGGAACAAUACGAUUCAGCAACGUCCACUUCAACUACCCCUCCCGUCCAGAUGUUAAGAUCCUGAAUGGCCUGAAUCUGGAGGUUCGUCAAGGCCAGACCGUGGCGCUAGUGGGAGCUAGUGGUUGUGGGAAGAGCACCACUGUCCAGCUUAUCCAGAGGUUCUACGACCCAUCCAGUGGAUCUGUCAUGCUGGAUGGCAAUGACAUUAAAGAUCUCAAUAUCCGUUGGCUACGUGAACACAUUGGCAUCGUCAGCCAAGAACCUAUCUUGUUCGGCACAACCAUCGCUGACAACAUCCGCUAUGGCCACGAGGGCGUCUCGCAGAGCGAGGUAGAAGCUGCUGCCAAAAAUGCCAACGCUCACGACUUUAUCAUGGGCCUCCCGGAGAGGUACGAAACUAUGGUUGGUGAUCGCGGAGCCCAGCUGAGUGGAGGUCAGAAACAGAGAGUUGCUAUUGCCCGAGCUCUAGUGCGAGAUCCCCGUAUCCUUCUGUUGGAUGAAGCAACGUCGGCCCUCGACACCGAGAGUGAAUCUAUAGUGCAGGAUGCACUGGAUCAUGCGCGAGAAGGAAGAACAACCAUUGUUAUCGCUCACCGUCUCUCCACUGUCAGGACAGCGGACAUUAUCGCUGGGUUUGAUGGAGGUGUUAUUACCGAGCAGGGCACUCACGACGAACUGAUGGCCAAACAAGGCAUCUACUACCAGCUUGUUACUAACCAGACCAAAGAAAGUACCAAGGCAAAGAAACCAGAAGAUGAGGCUGCAACACCAGACAUCGCGGAAGCCAGCCGAAGGUCAUAUCGUCGUUCCCCGGACGGACGCAGAGGAAGCAGCGAAGGCAUCGUGUACCAGAAAUCUAUAGAGGAGCAAGACAGGGAUGUGAGAAUGUAUGCCCUCAUCCUCCUGGGGCUUGGAGUCCUGAGCUUGAUUACAAACUUCGCACAGUCCGCUUUCUUUGGCAUUUCCGGUGAGAACAUGACGGUGAGAGUUCGGAGGAAUGUCUUCAAAUCCAUGCUGAGACAGGAAAUCUCCUGGUUUGAUGAUCACAAGAAUAACUUGGGAGCCUUGACUACCAGACUAGCCACAGAUGCUUCACAAGUACAGGGGGCUACAGGUGUCCGACUGGGUAUGGUCGUCAUGAACUUGGCUAACAUGGGCAGCGCUGUUGUCAUCGCCUUCAUCUUCAGCUGGCAGCUUACCCUGGUCAUCCUGGCCUUUGUACCUUUCAUCAUGGCAUCUGGCUUCAUCGAGAUGAAGGUACUGGCUGGAGUUGCCGGCAAGAACAAAGAAGCUCUAGAGGAUGCUGGGAAGGUGGCCAUUGAAGGUAUCGAGAACAUCCGCACGGUUGCAUCUCUGAGUCGUGAACCCACGUUCUACAAAUUGUAUGAGGAGAAGCUGAUGACCCCAUAUAACGCUGCCCUCCGGAAGGCUCACUUGGUUGGAAUAUCCUUUGGGGUGUCCCAAGCUAUUGUCUUCUUCGAACAUGCAGCAGCCUUUUACUUCCGUGCCUACCUCAUUAAAAUUGGAGAAGCAGAUUAUGUAGAUGUCUUCAAAGUAUUUGGUGCUAUUGUAUUUGGUGCCAUGGCUAUUGGACAAGCCAGUGCCUUCGCCCCAGAUGCUGCCAAGGCAACUGUGUCUGCUCAGAGGAUUAUAUUCCUGCUUAACAGUGAACCCACCAUCAACAGCGAGUCCACAGCUGGAGAGAAGCUUGGGGACAACUAUUCAAGUAAGGUCAGUUUGACUGACGUGAGGUUCCGCUACCCUACCCGCCCAGACGUGACAGUUCUGCAAGGUCUGACGGUGGACAUCGAACCUGGUCAAACCCUGGCCUUCGUAGGCAGCAGCGGAUGUGGCAAGAGUACCUCUGUGCAGCUAAUUGAGCGCUUCUACGAUCCUGAAUCCGGUGUCGUGAGCCUGGACAGGUAUGACAUCAAGAAACUGAAUCUCCAGUGGCUAAGAUCUCAGAUUGGAAUUGUGUCUCAAGAACCAAUUCUCUUUGACUCAAGCAUCGCGGAAAAUAUAGCAUAUGGUGAUAACUCAAGGGAGGUAACCAUGGCAGAAAUCAUUGAAGCUGCGAGAGCCGCCAACAUCCACUCCUUCAUCAGCUCACUGCCAGCGGGCUAUGACACCAAUGUCGGAGAUAAGGGAGCUCAGCUGAGUGGGGGACAGAAACAGAGGGUGGCCAUCGCCCGUGCUUUAGUCCGGAACCCCAAGAUCCUGCUGCUGGAUGAGGCUACAUCUGCCCUGGACACUGAGAGUGAAAAGGUUGUGCAGGAAGCCUUGGACAAGGCUCGGGAGGGUCGUACCAGCAUUGUGAUAGCACACAGACUAUCAACAAUACAGAACGCAGACAAGAUCGCCGUCAUCCGACACGGCAAGGUGGCCGAGCUGGGUCGUCACAAUGACCUAAUGGCCAAACAAGGCUUUUACUACAAACUGAACAUGGCCCAAAUUAAACAGAAGUAGACAUUAUACCAAACAUAUCCAUGAUGGCUUUGUACACAGCAGCCAGUAUAAACUUGAACAAAACUCUCCUGGAUGACGUCUGCUCAGGAAGGGGAGGUAACUGCUGUUGAAGAUGGAGCUGAGUGUUUUUGGGAGUGUGUGUGAGAGGUCUGCCUUGCAAUGGUGUGCCAUAUUGCCUCCGUGAGUGCUUUUGUCAAGCCAUUGUUUCUGUUAUCCAUCCUCCAGUACCAAGGAGGAAAUAUGUUUUCUCAUAUAUUCAGUUAGCAUUUGAACCUAAAGAUCAUGUCGUUGGUGAAUUGAAACAUGAUAUUUUCUGGAUUGUGAUAUGUUGUAAAAUGAAGAACAUUCAACUCAAGGAUCACUAACUUGAAGCUGAUGUCUUCUUCUGUAAUAUCAGGAUCUAGCAGAGAUGACAGUAAAUUUCAAGCAUGUGUCAUGGUUGUAAAAUUCUGGUAUACAAAUAUACUGGACAAAAUAAGUUAGGGAUAUUGGUAGUUUUAUGAUUGAUACUUUAACAUAAUUUCAGAAUUUAUAUCUAUCCCUAACUAUUGUUGUCCAGUAUAUAAUUUUCCAUCUUUAAUAGAAUAUUGUGGAAUUGUUUGUUGUCUGCGACCAAAGGUUCAUGUUCUUGGUGGCGUGACUUACAUGUCUUUGUUUAAGUAAGGAUGUUACAACCAGUUAAACUCUGAUGUCGCUUUGAGGAACAUGGCUUAAGUGUUUUAAGGGAUGAGAUGUUUGUAAUAUACAAUUUGACCAUUUUUUCAGGAUAUAUUUAUCAAUGAUCAGGUGACAACUAAUAUAUCAGCACUUUCACCAUUUAAUCAAGUGCAAACAAUGAGUUCAUUUUGACUAAGCAUGUUUUCAAGAGAACCAGUAGAAUCACGUGACAAUCUUAUCUAUGCAUUUAGCCUUAUGUUCUGAUCACUGAAAGGAAAGAUUGGAAAGUCUAGUGUUGGUUUUAUAUGAGUGCACAUUGUACUUCGUCAAACACCAAGCUUCCUUUGCCACUAGAAGACCUUGAUUUGGUGAGGAUAGCUUUAUUAAAGAUGACGUCCUUGCAUUUUGAGCGUGGUCACUAAGUCACUAUUUUCAGCAUUUAUGAUUUUAUCAGAAGUGAUAAACUCUGAUGUUGAUCCUGAUAAUCAGUUUCAAAAAGGUCUUUUUGACAGGAUAUUUUCAUGAAGAUGUAUAUGUUUGAGUUACAUUCAUUAGACUUCACAGCAGAAAUAUGAUACUGUGGAGGUGUCAUGGUGAACCAAAAUUGUAAAUCCUGAUUCAAAAGGUCAGAGAAAAUUAUUCAAAAUGGCUGCUGCUCAAGAUCAUUUCAACAUUUUUGGUUUUGUUUGUCAAGUUUUGUACAUAAAUUAAUCACUUAACCCUCCUUUAGCCGAACAAGCUAUGGGUAUUUCAGAAUUAUUAUCAGGUAGCCGUUUUGCACAUUGAUUUGUUUAUUGUUAUUGAGUGUAGUUUGUCUCAUGUUUUGAGCAAAUGAAAUUUUGACAAUGCUUAUAGUGUCAUUCUGGAGCACAUUUCCUCAAGUACUUGUUCAAAAUUAUUUACAAACCUGAUACAAAGCCAUUGUGAAAAUCUUUCAAAUAUAUUUAGUAUAUCAACAGUAAUUGUUGUUUCCUCCCUGACCUUUUGAAGUGUUAAAGUUUUGACCAUGCCCUGAUUCUUUUUGUUUCGUUUGAAAAAGGUAUUGUACCAUAUUGGAAAAUCUUAAGGGAUGAACAUUUUUGUAUGUCAACUUCUGUAAUAUGAAGGACACACGGUUUUGGAGUGUCUUCUUAUCCCUUCAUGUAACAUGGACUUAAACAAAUCUUCAUAAUGUAUUAAAUUUUCUCACCUGUUAAGUGUUUUAUGCUGUUUCUAUUUUGUACUUAAUAUUAUGUGAAUUUAUUUAAGCAUAAUUUGGUUAUUGCAUAAUCACAUGUAAUGCAUUUGUCCCUCAGCCUGCUGGGACCACAAUAAAUACAGUAUUUGUUCUCCACAAAAACUGGUUUAUUUCAGUGGCAUAAUGCAGAUGUUGCUAAGAAGAGUUAUGUCCCUUUAGUACCAGGAUCUGCUGAUACAAAAACCAGUUUCACCCAGACCAUAUUUUCACAUCGUCAGCAAUGUGUCUUGCUGAUUAGCUUCACAACCUGUUUGAGUCAGCUGAAAGUGAAUACUUUAUCUGUUAACAAUACAGAGUUGUGUCCCUUGUCAAGCCAAGCAUCACCGAUAUUGUAAUGUCUACUAUCUCUAUAACAGGAGCCUAGUGGUUAAAACGUUUGCUCGUCAUUCUCAAGACCCUGGUUCAAUUCCCCACAUGGGUAGAGUGUGUGAAGCCCAUUCCUGGUGUCCCCUGCCGGUAUAUUGCUGGAAUAUUGCUAAAAGCGGCGUAAAACUAAACUCACUCACUCACUCCAACAAUAUUUAACAAUUCUUUUCAGUGUUGUUGUGUAGACAUCUCUGUAUGGAGAUUAUUUUACAACUGUUGAUGAGCUGCAGUGGGACCUGAUUGGAAUGUUAUUUUAUGACAGUAUGAAUGACAAUCAGUCUGUGUCGUGAAAAAAUGAACGUACCUUGCAACAAUACAAGUUUGGAUGAGCGGAAGGCAAAAUUGUUCUUUAAUUUAGACACCUGAUACAUACAUAAGAUAUUUUCCUAUACUUGAGUAAUGGGCGCAAAUGUAUUUUGUCAUGUCUAAAAAAAUUAUCACAUUGUACUGUAUAUACCUUUGACAAUCUUUGAGUACUGUUAAUCAGUCUGCAGUGGCCAAUUGGUUACGUGUAUGAUUCCUUACGUAACCACGGUGAUAUGCCAUGUCCUGAUAUAUCAAUAAAUGUAUAUAGUAUUCACAUAUCAUGCUUUUUGUUAAAAUAAACAUAAUUUAUGUGAAAUAUAAUUAAUAAAUGCAACUAUUGCAUUGGUUACUAAAUACCUCCUUGUGCAUUGUAUGUAUCUAACAUGUGUUGGCCAGUUGAGUAGAUCGAUGCUCAUGCUGUUGAUCACUGGAUUGUCUGGUCCAUGCUUGAUUAUUUAGAGACACUGCCAUAUAGCUGUAAUAUUGCUGAGUGCAGCAUUAAACAACAAACGGACUAAUAUGUGUUGCUUAGUGUGACAAAAUUUAAAGUCUAGGAUGAGAAUCAAAAUGUGUCUUGGGAAUAAUUAUAUUGCAGAAUUGUUUAUAGUUCAUGAAGAGUCCAGGGAAUUUCGUCUGUCCUUUCACCUGUCCGUCCGAAGACAUUGUCGUUCAACUAAUAAACUGAAAACUAUUUUGUUGUAAAUUUUAAUAAUGUUAUUUCAAUGUUUUUAAGAAUUCCAGCAAUUUAAUCCUUUGAGCUUAAUAUUUUGCAUUCGAAAUAAUAACUUGACAACUAUUGGUUAAGUUCUUUUGACCUUUUGGGACCACCUUCGUAGUUUGUAGGAGCGAUGAAGUGCAAAUUUUGAUUAUGAUAUUUUAACUUUUUUCAAGAAUAGCAGCAAUAUAAAAAUUGGAACAAAGAAGUUUGUUCAACCAAUAACGGGAAAACUAUUGGUUGGAUUCUUUUCAAGUAUGGGGACCAUUUUCUGUGUGUGAGCGAGACGUGCAGUGCAGUGCAAAGUUAUAUGUUGAUAUAUUUAAUUGAUUGAAGAUUAUCACAAAAUACCUCUUAAUCUCAGGGAAAACAUCCCAGGAAUUUGUUCAACCUAUAACUUACAAUCAUUUAAUGGAUGUUUUUUCAGAUUUGGGUAAUCACUUCUUAGUUUAUUGGAAGGGUGUACUGCAAAGUUUGAUACAAAUCUUGUGUUUUUGUCAGGAAUAUAUUGUAAAUUGUUGUUCAGCUGAAGUUUGGAGUCAAGGUCAGAGGUAUUAGUGAGCCUGGCUCACAGGAUAAAAAAUAUGUGUUUGAUUUAGAAAAUGCUUUUUGGGCAGAUUUACCUUGAUCAAAUUUGUUUUAUGGUCAAGAAACUGGAAGUGAACAAAAUACAUUGAUCUGGACUCAACUCUUAUUAUGCUUGUACAGGUGGUUUUUUCUUCAUUCCUUUGUUUUCUGAUCUGCCGAUCUUUAAUUUCAUAAAUGUUGAAUGUGAUUAAACAUCAUGAGACCAUCAUUGUUUUAUCCCACCAAGACAAAAUAUAUUUUACCCCAAAACUCUUUUUUGCACCACUUAAAGUCCUGUUGGCAAUAUCUCAGCCAUUUUUGUUUAUUUGAACAAAUCCACCAUAUGUUAUAGUAGGAAAUUCAGAACAGUAUCAUAAGAAGUAACAUAUCACUGAUGACUUUAAAACAUGAUGACCGUAAAUCGUUCCAUCACUGAUUUACUUUCAAACAUGAUGAUCUUAAAUCGAUGCAUCACUGAUUUACUUUCAAACAUGAUGACCCAAAA